AUGGUUUACUGUGGCAAGCCAAGCAAGGGAUGUGGAGAGUGCAGGUCUAGGAAGAUCCGGUGCGACCAGGUCCAACCGGCCUGUUCGCAAUGUACCAGGGCCAAGCGGGACUGCCCCGGAUACCGGGACCAGUUAUCACUGAUGUUCCGCGACGAAAGCAAAUCGGUAGUCCGAAAGGCUGCAGCAGGGGCCAAGCAAAAACGACCGGAGCGAUCACCUCGCACAGCAUCCCCAGAAGGGAAUCCUGUGCGGCCUAGGCUUUCCGGCUCGGUGGACCCCUUGGAUUUCAUGUCCGAUCCACAGCACGCAUAUCUUGUACAACACCUGGGUCAACGCCCAUUGGAGGUACAGCCGCUGCAAGAUGUUGACACCACCAAAUAUGAAGCUAUAUGUUAUUUCAUGAGAUCCAAUUGCCUCCCCGGCAGCUUUUGGUCGAGUGAUUUGGUCACCAAGUUCUUGCUGCAGACUGGGGGUCCUGCGAGUCAGAAAGCCAUGCAGGCUAGUGUGAUCGCUACUGCGACGGCUAUGCUCUCCCGAGUUAGACAAUUACCGAGCCUGAAAGAUGUGGCCCACAGGGAGUAUGGAUCCGCUUUGAGAUUGCUCAACUCCGCUUUGUCCGACGUGGAGGAGGCGAAGACGAAUCAGACACUAGGAGCGGUCGUACUGCUUGCCAUUUAUGAAGUGGUCACGUCAAGAUCCCCGGAAGAUAUUGAUAGCUGGACAAACCAUAUCAACGGCGCAACAGCGCUACUCGAUAUAAGAGGAACAGAUCAGCUCAAGAGUGAAACCGGUCUUAAAUUAUUCUUACAUCUACGAUACCAGGUGAUCAUUAGCUGCUUACAGCGAGACGCAAGAGUGCCUCAAUCACUUCUGGAAUGCACCAAGAUUGCCAUGUUCCUCCGUCCAGCAGAGGCACAUGGCAAUCGCCUCAUUAUGAUUAUUGGAAAGCUGUCGAAUCUUCGCGCAGACAUCCGAGCCGAUCUAUUUACCGACGAACAAGAGAUCAUAUCAGCAGCCUCAGCCAUUGAAGCCGAAUUGAUCGCCUGGCUGGCCUCGCUUCCUCCAGAGUUCAACUACACCACCCAUACAAAAUCACCCUUCGAUUUUUCCUUCCAACAGCGCUUCCGAGGGAUCUCCCUUUACGACGAUCAAUAUCACGUAUACCCCACCCUCUGGGUCUGCAACUCAUGGAACCAGUACCGCAGUGCCCGAAUCAUCGUCAGCGAAAUAAUUCUCUCCCACGUCCGCAGGAUCUCCGACAGAUCCUCCCUCAGCUCCUUAUCUGAAGAAUUCCGUCUUCAAUGUAAGACACUUCGAUCAACCAUCAGGAGAUUGGCUGUGGAGAUCUGUCGAGGUGUUCCGUUCCAUUUCAAUGCACACCAGGCAGACAGAGAGCCCAGUCUACCGCCACCGGAGAGCUAUAUUGGAGGACUGGUGCUUCUGUGGCCAUUAUUCGUCGCUGGUAUUGUUGAAAGUCCAGACCAUAAACUUCGCGGAUGGGUUGUGAAGUGUUUGAAGAUGAUUGGACAUACCAUGGGCCUUGAUCAGGCCCUUGCUAUUGCAGAUAUUGUUUCUGCGGAUCCUGGUGUACUGCAUUUUGUGACCGAGGAAGAAGAUCCACUCAUCGAGAGCUCUGAUGCGCCCGAUCUGACGAGGCGACACCCUGCUCCGCCUAUGAAUACUUGUGUUAAAGAGAUUCCUGCUUCGGGGGUAUAG